UGGGUCCAAGACUUUUUUCACCAUCAUCCACCCUGUGUCACCAACAACGCUUCCUGUCCAAACAGGCUAAUCGAUGUUGGCCAAGCGGAUGGAUUACGACCCCCGAAGUUUAUGGAAACGAAAACGCUUCGUGGUAAUGAGUGUCGACUUUACACCACGUUAAGUCACUGCUGGGGACAGAAUCAAACCCACCUCUCCGAACCAUGCAAUCUAACAAAGAUACCCAUAUGGAAGCUCUCUAAAACAUACCAAGAUGCGAUUGUGAUCACUCAGAAAUUAGGCAUACGAUAUAUUUGGAUUGACUCACUUUGA